AUUCAAUACAAUUUGUUAACCACAAACUGAAACGCUCGUACACGCCACGGCGGCUCGCGCCCACGCGUCUCACUCGUCCCCACGCGUCUUCCCCAUAAUUAACCCCUCUCCGUGCUUUCUCCGAAGAACCCUUCUCAAAUUCUCCACUAUAAAUAUCAAGAAACAUCUCCACCCAUCUCUACUCUCAAUCAAUCACAAAUCCUUUUAAUCCGUUACAGAUAAUUCGAAAUCGAAAAGGAAAAAGAAAAUCAAAAUCAUGGUGCGUUGCAGUAACAAUCUAGUCGGGCUCCUGAACAUCAUCACGCUUCUCCUCUCGAUCCCGAUCAUCGGCGGCGGGAUAUGGCUUUCCAGGCAGGCCAACACCGAGUGCGAGCGGUUCCUCGACCGGCCGGUCAUUGCACUCGGAGUCUUCGUCCUCCUCGUGUCCAUAGCCGGGCUCAUCGGCUCCUGCUGCAGGGUUUCGUGGCUCCUGUGGGUUUACCUGCUGGUGAUGUUUCUGUUGAUUGUCCUCCUCUUCUGCUUCACGAUCUUCGCCUUCGUGGUGACCAACAGGGGCGCCGGCGAGGUGCUCUCCGGCAGGGGGUACAGGGAGUACAGGCUCGGGGACUACUCGAAUUGGCUGCAGAACAGGGUCAACGACCACUGGGGCCGGGUUAGGAGCUGUUUGGUUGACAGCAACAUUUGCCAGAGGCUGCUUCAGGCUGGUUCGACCCCGGUGGACGAUUUUUACCGAGAGCAUCUAUCUGCGCUUCAGUCUGGAUGCUGUAAGCCCUCGAACGACUGCAACUUCACGUACGUGAGCCCAACAAACUGGACAAGGCCACAAACUCCAGCAUCUACCAACCCAGACUGUACUCGGUGGAGCAAUGAGCCGAGAGAGCUCUGCUAUGGCUGCGACUCAUGCAAGGCUGGCCUUCUCGAUAACAUCAAGACUGACUGGAAGAGAGUUGCCGUUAUAAACAUCGUUUUCCUUGUCUUCUUAAUCAUUGUUUACUCGGUUGGCUGCUGUGCGUUUAGGAACAACCGGGAGGACAACAAUGCCUGGAAGCGUUAUCCUUGAAGAUUCGGGCCUCGGGCCUUGGAUGGUGGAUGAGGGCUUU